AUGACAUCAUCAAUGGAUACUAGUGAAGAUUUAAACUUAGAUAAUGAAACAAUAUUUUCUGUACAAUUUAAAUCUUUAUUCGAUGAUGAUACCGCACGAUUUUCUUCGGACACUAGUGAUGAAAUUAUUCAUGCAUUAUCAAAACUUCAUUGGCUACCUUCUCCAUAUCAUUUAUCCCAUCAAAUUGUUUCAUUAGUUUAUGAUCGAUUGACUAAAUUUGUAGAGAAACUUAUUUUGACUGGUCAUGCGUUAUCGAAUGAUGAAAUUAUUCUAAUGAACGAAUGUCUUGAUUUUAUUAUAAGAAUAUUUGAAUCAGCGUAUACAACAUCUUUUGGUAAUGAAGAAGAGGAUAAUGAUACAAAUGAUGAUAUUAGUACUCCUGAUGAGAUAGUAUUGAGUACACUAGAAAAAUUAUGUCAAGAUAUAGUUCCAUUAAAUGAUUUAUUUUUGAAAUUAAUUCAGUCCGCUGGUUGGAAAAUAAUGAAAAAUCAUUUAGAAAUCAUGAGUAAAAUUGUUAGUUUUUUACUUAGACGUCAUAAAAUCAAUAUGAUACAACUACAGUUUUCGAAAAAUGUAGAUUCAUCAUUAGAAAGAUUUACUGAAGAAAAUCAGCGUUUAUUUGAUACAUUUGUUGAAUGUAUCAAUUCAUCGGAUGGCAUUUAUGAUUAUUUAGAAGCUAUAAAUCAACUUGAUUCAAAAUCAUUAGAUGAACGUAGUAAAUUUUUAUUAUUUGAUAGUUUUAAUUUUAUUAUAAGUAAUGAUCUUUAUACAGAAGAUUUUAGAACAAAAUUUUGUCGUGAUUUUUGGUUAUUCAAAUAUAAACAAAUACUAAAAGAAGUUUUACCAAACAUAAUAGAACAAGUCAAUAAAACUUCUUUACCAUUGAAUGCAAUCAAAUAUUUAAUAACAAAUUUAAUUCAAAUGCAACGAAAAGCUGGAAGUAAUUCUAUGUUUUCGAAAGGACAAAUAGAAAAUUUUGCAUUGAAAGAUGAAUAUUUACCAAUAAUUAUGAUGUUAUUGCCUUGGUUUUCUAAUUCAUACAUUCUUAAAAACCUCAUGGAAAGUAAUGAUGAUCUUGAGGAAAAAAUUUUUCAACUGAAUAAAAAUUAUUUAAAUAAUACUAAAGAUAAUGUUACUAUCACAUUCGUUACAUGGACAAUAUUAAAGUUAAUUCUAAUGUUUAUUAAUGCAAAUGGAGAUUGUCUUGCUUAUAUUAAAUAUGAUCAAAGUGUCAAAGAAAUUUUAUUAAAAUUACUGACAUAUCUGCAACAUGAUCAAUUAAAAAGUGAAUUCGUUCGACAACAAGGUUUAGGAUUAUUAAUGGAGAUAGCAAUGAAAAAAUCAAGAUGGAUAGAUUUUGCUCUCGACAUACAAGAGUAUAUGGGUGAAACAGUAGAUAUGGAUGAAUUAUAUAGUAGUAAUGAAUUACCAGAACAACUGCAAAAAAUGUAUGGAGCUAAUAUAAAAGCGACAGAAGAAGGACAACAACUGGCAUUAGAAUGUUUUUUUACAAUUUCAUUUGAUAAGGAAGCAGCACUCUUGUUAAAAAAUAAUGACCGCUUUAUGAUUUAUAUUCAGCGUUUGGCUCAGGGUAAAAUUAAAACAAUGAAUCUUGGUCUAAAGAUAGCAGCAGAUCGUGUUCUUUGGAAAUUGAAAACAGAAAGUGAAUUUAAAAAAGAACAACAAGAAAAAACGUCAAUCGAUAAAAACGAAUUUGAUUUAAUGAUUAGCUACAGCUGGGGUGAUAAACCAUUAGUACGUCAAAUCUACAAAUAUUUAACGGAAAAUUAUAAUUAUCGAGUAUGUUUAGAUGAAAAUGAAACGACUGAUUCUUUAUGUCGAUCUAUGGCACAGGCCGUUGAGAAGUCAACAGUUAUUCUCAUGUGUAUAUCUGAAACAUAUAAAAAAAGUGAAAAUUGUCGUAAUGAAGCUGAAUAUGCACGUGAUAGAAAGAAGACAAUUAUUCCAUUAAAAAUGGCACAAGUUGAAUUGGAUGAUUGGCUUGGAUUUAUUGCUGCCGGUAAAAUGUAUAUUGAUUUUAGCAGAUCAGAUUUUGAAAAGAGUAUAACAUUACUGAAAGCUGAAAUCGAACGAAAUAAAAUGGCUAAAAACGAUACUAAACAAAUCGUCGCUAAAGUUGAAACAAUAAAUUCUUUUGGAUUGCAAACUGUAGUUGCACCAUUAUCAUCGACUUCGAAUCUGCUUGUUCGUCCGAAUGUUAUCCCUACGGACUAUCAACAAAUUCCUAUGGAAUUAUGGUCUGAACAAUAUGUUCGGGAUUUUAUUUUUGAUAAGAAAUUGGAUACAAUGAUUUUAUUAACUGAAAAUAUGAAUGGUAGUGAGCUCUAUGAAUUAUGGGAAUUAUGUCAAAUACCACAAGAGCGUUGGCCAAUGUUUGAUCGUUUGAGUAAAGAACUCGAACAAAGAUAUAAACAAACGUUGCCAAUAUCGGUCUAUGUACGGUUUUUGCAACAAAUAUCAAAGCAUUCAAAUGUAUCAUCAGUUCUUUAA